AUGGAAAAUGACAAUCUUACUCCGUCCAUUAUACUUACAUCUGACGACUCUGAGUGGAAACCAUGUGAACAGGAUAGUGUCUCGAGUAUGGAGUCUAUACCUAAUUCAGCAAGUCCUAGAGCUUCAUAUAAUUCUUUAUUGCACUGGGGUAUAAAUAGCCCGGUAGAUGAAAAAGGUAAGUAUGAGCCUAGUCAUUUCGUCAGUUUGUGGUAUAAUACUGGUUUAAAAUCAUAUACUCAGAAAAAUUCAUUAAGUGUUUAG